UAUUAAUAACCUCCGAAUAAACAAAGCUUGCAUUGCCUGAAACAGAGAGAGCCAUUUGUUGGUCUCCACCUUCAAUGGCUUCGAUGGCUGCAGUCUGCACCAAAACACCGUACCCUUCUCACUCCCUCAGUACGAUUCCUAAUACCCAUUUCGCCCAAAUCCGCAAAGUUUCCGUAUCUCUUCCCUCCGUCAGAAGGGCUAACCGGAGGCUCCGAGUUUCAUCUGGGUUGAUCGAGCCGGACGGUGGCAAGCUCGUGGAGCUUGUGGUGGACGAGCCUCUUAGAGAUGUGAAGAAGAGGGAGGCUUUGUCUCUGCCUAGAAUUAGGCUCUCGAAGAUUGAUCUUCAAUGGGUCCACGUGCUGAGCGAAGGGUGGGCAAGCCCACUCAGUGGUUUCAUGAGAGAGUCCGAGUUCCUCCAAACGCUUCAUUUCAACGCGCUCCGACUAGAAGACGGGUCGGUCGUGAACAUGUCGGUGCCUAUCGUUCUGGCCAUCGACGACUCGCAGAAGCACCGGAUCGGCGAGUCCACCCAAGUCGCUCUGUUCGACUCGGCCAACAACCCGGUGGCUAUUCUCAAAGAUAUUGAGAUCUACAAGCAUCCUCAAGAAGAACGAAUUGCCAGAACUUGGGGAACCAUUGCCCCUGGCCUACCUUACGCUGAUGAAACUAUAACCCAUGCUGGAAACUGGUUGAUCGGAGGUGACUUAGAGGUUAUAGAACCGAUCAAGUACCACGAUGGCCUUGAUCGUUUUCGAUUGUCUCCUGCAGAACUCCGUGAGGAAUUCACAAGGCGGAAUGCAGAUGCAGUGUUUGCAUUCCAGCUUCGAAAUCCUGUACACAAUGGCCAUGCUUUGCUGAUGACGGAUACCCGUUGUCGGCUUCUUGAGAUGGGCUACAAGAACCCUAUCCUCUUGCUUCAUCCAUUGGGAGGCUAUACAAAGGCAGAUGAUGUUCCACUUAGUUGGCGAAUGAAGCAACACGAGAAGGUGCUUGAGGAUGGUGUUCUUGAUCCAGAGACGACUGUGGUUUCUAUAUUCCCAUCUCCAAUGCAUUAUGCUGGCCCAACUGAGGUGCAGUGGCAUGCAAAGGCUAGGAUUAAUGCAGGGGCCAACUUUUACAUUGUUGGUCGGGACCCAGCUGGCAUGGGCCAUCCUGUCGAAAAGAGAGAUCUAUAUGAUGCUGACCAUGGUAAAACAGUAUUGAGCAUGGCACCUGGACUGGAGCGGCUAAACAUUCUUCCUUUCAGGGUUGCUGCCUAUGACAAAACUCAGGGUAGAAUGGCAUUUUUUGAUCCCUCAAGAUCACAGGAUUUCCUUUUCAUAUCAGGCACCAAGAUGCGGAUGCUUGCAAAGAACAAAGAGAAUCCUCCUGAUGGAUUCAUGUGCCCUGGUGGUUGGAAAGUGCUGGUUGACUACUAUGACAGUUUGGCUCCCAUGAGCGAUGGCAAAGUUCCUGAAGCUGUUCCAGCUUAGAUUAUUUGUUGUAUCAAGAUGUGUGGAUUUCAGUUUGGGAGAAACCUUAAAAAACAAACUUUAAUCUCCUUGUUUGGUCCUGAUCCCGUAAAAGCUCUGUCCAGAUCUCAAAUAAAACCAUGUGAGGCACUGGUACAGAGACUCAAAACUUGCCUCCAUCUGUAAUUAGAGCACCCAGCUUUGCAUGUUGCACUGGUGCAUUUUGUGCAUGCGGGUGCAUUGUAUUAUAGAGUGAUUGUGCUUUUGUUGGAU